AUGUCUUAUAUUUCACUUCUGUACAUGUACCUUUCAUAUUUGUUUUCUAGAGGUGUGAAGACAACACUUUGGGAGGGAGGUGUGAGAGGUGCUGGCUUUAUAUGGAGCCCUCUCAUCAAAAAUUCUGCCAGAAAACUUCCUGAUCUCAUGCACAUCUGUGACUGGCUACCAACCCUGUAUCAUAUUGCCGGAGGUGACUCAUCCACACUAAAAAAUCUUGACGGAUUCAAUGUGUGGAAUACUCUGUCACAGGAUGCCCCCACCCCCAGAGUUGAAUUGCUGCAUAAUAUUGAUCCCAUGUUGAAUUAUUCAGCUGUAAGGGUUGGCGAGUACAAGCUUAUCUUGGGUAAUAUUUUUGGUGGUACUUGGGAUGGCUGGUAUGCUCCCGAACAAUACCAUCUUCUAGAUGAAACAGAGCUUGAUAGAAACUCACUGCAGUACAAGACAUGGCCAGACAUUUCUCUAGAUUCUGAUACAGCAAAAAACAUGGUGAAGAUGACACAAUCUGAGACAGGUAAUAAGAAAAAUGACAUAUCACAUGAAGUAAAGCCCAAUGGAAGAAUACUUCUAAAGAGGAGCAUUGGAUAUUCAGACCAAAAGAGUGAUUUCAUGCCAUUUUCUGAUAAAUUGGCAGCACAUUUUGGGAUGUCUGCAAUUAAUUCUGGGAAGCAUGCAAUGGAAUCUGGGAAAUCUCUAAAAAAUCAUGGAAUUGAAAAUGACGUGGUGUUAGACAAAGAGCUUCUUGGCAUUGUGUCCCGAUAUAUUCCAGUAGAUGUGGACACGUUUCACCUCACUGUGACUCCAGAUGUGGUGACUUGUGGAGCCAAGCCUGCCAAUGCUAGUACCAACUGUCAGCCCACCAAUUCACCCUGUCUGUACCACAUUGUGAAAGACCCUUGCGAGUACAACAAUAUAGCAAAUGAAAAUCCACAACUCGUGGCAAAAAUGUUGACAAGACUGAGGGAAUUCAAUGCUACUGCAGUGCCCCCUAGGAAUAAACCACAGGACUUGAGAGGCCUCCCUAUAUUCAAUAAUGGCGCCUGGGGACCAUGGAUGGAUGGGCUAUGAAUUUUCUAUUUUGUAUUCUUUCUGUUUCCCUAUUUUUAUCUCCUUUAACAGUUUGAAUUUUAAUUGUUCACAGUCCUUUUGAAAUGAAAUGACAUACUUUGCAUGGGUGCUUGAUGUUAAUUUUUUUUCUGUCUUUUGUAUUCUUUCUGUAUCCCUAUUAUUAUCUCCUUUAACAGUUUGAACUUGAAUUGUUCACAAAUCGUCUUGAAAUGAAAUGAUAUUCUUUGCAUUGGUGCUUGAUGUUAUAAUUAUGGAUGAAAGCAAUCUGAAAGUCUAAUGCAUUUCUUUUCUCCAUCUCUAUUAUUGGUCUCUGGGUUUAAUGUAUGUACUGUGCUAUUUCUUUCAAUCUUGUAUGUUUUAAUGUAUGUUUUCUCCAACUAUUUGAUCAAAACUGUUUUUGCUUAUCAUUUGUUAAUGAUUUUUUACUUAAUUUACUGUAGCAUAAUUUUUCUAUAAUUGACUCAAAACAAUAAAGACUGUCCUUUUGUUGUCAGAUUUUAA